GGCUGGCAGUAUACCUCUUUGAGAGGGUAAAUAUUUCACGGACACCGGCGAAGAGAAGAGACAGGAGGACAGAGAAACCUCCCAACACAAGCGACAGAGGGUGGAGGAGGGGACCAGUGGCAGUAGAGAAUGGCUGCCAUGACAACGGUGCCCAGCUAUACCCCUUCACUGUGGGUGAGAGUGUGUCACGCCCUUCCUCGGCUGGACCUCUCCAUGCAGAUGAGGGACAACAUCUUUGUCCCCGACAGCUGGGAGUAUCAGCAGACUCUGCUGGUUUUGUCCAGUUUAUCAGCCAUCGCUCUUGUUAUCUCCCUCUUGGUGGUUCUCUCCUUCCUCAUACACUACUGCUGCUGCCACCGUGGCGACCGGAGCGAGGGAUCAGAGGAGGAGGAGGAGGAUGAAGAUGGGAGCACAGGUCACGGUUACAGCGGGAAGAAGGGGAGGGGCAUCUGCUGUGUCACAUGGGUGGCGGUGGCAGCUGUCACUCUGUGCUGUGUUGCCAUAGGCAUCGGUUUCUAUGGCAACAGCGAGGCUAAUGAUGGGAUGUAUCAGUUGACCUCGUCUCUUCUCACAGCCAAUUAUACGCUAGCUUCCAUCGAUCUGCUGAUUUCAGACACAAUUACUGGAUUGCAGCUUUCUAUCUCUGUCCCACUGACCAUAAUGGAGGAGCUCUUUACCGGCAGUAAACCCUUCCUGGUGUCCACAAGGAACUGCCGAAGGUUAUCUGAGAACGUGAUAAAUCUCCUCUCCUCCAUCUCCCUGGCUCGGUCCAGUGCUGAUGCAGGGGCGGGGAAUGACAGUGGUAUCAGCGGGGCGUCAAUCAUACCUCUAACCCCAGUACCACCCUCUGUGGCUCCUACAGUGGUGCCUACCAGCAGCCUAAUACCCAGCCCCUUCUCACCUGGCUGGGCGGCCAACACGCUGAUGGUCAAUGAGGACUACAGGUGGCUAUCAUACGUGUUGCUGCUGCUGCUGGACCUCAUAGUGUGUCUGUUCAUCUUGCUUGGACUGGCCAAGCAAGCCCGCUGGCUGCUCAUCCUGAUGACCGUGCUGGCAUGGCUGGCUCUGUUCCUAAGCUGGGGCUCCCUGGGUUUGGAGACAGCCACUGUAGUGGCUCUCAGUGACUUCUGCUCAGACCCAAACACAUUUGUCCUCAACUCCACCAACUUCAACACCGGGACCAGCGCAGAUGUGUUGGAUUAUUACCUGACCUGCAGCAGGCGCAUGAACAGUCCAUUCCAGCAGCUGCUGACCCAGUCACAGAGGGCACUGUCAAACAUUCACACACACCUCUCCAGUCUGGAAAGAAAUGCCCUCCCACAGUUCCCCAAAGCUGAGAAAUCACUCAGGGACGUUCAACUGAUUCUCAACUCCACAGAAGGCAACUUUCAUCAGUUAGUGGCACUACUGAACUGCCGGGGUCUGAAUAAGGACUACAUUGACUCUCUGAAAGGCCUGUGCUAUGAUGGCAUGGAGGGGUUGCUCUACCUCUGUCUGUACUCUUUCCUCUCUGCUCUGGCCUUCACUGCUAUCCUCUGCUCUCUGCCCGGAGCCUGGAGGAGCUUCCCCAGUGAAUCAGAGGAGUACGAAGACUCGGACAGCGAGAGUGAGGACCCCUUCACCUCCCAUCAGGCACGUAGACAGACGGCCUCGGGGUCUCAGCGAGGGGCCAUGGCCCCCUUCUAUAAUUACCCGGGGGCCGGGUGGACACCCCCCUUUUCUAGCGCGCCGCCCCUCCCGACUCCAAACGUUUCCUCCAAUGGCAACCCUGGCUAUGAGAGCCUUCCCUUGACUGACAGGCAGUCCCCACCCCCCUCUUACUCUCCCAGCAUGCUGACUGGUUACGGGGGAAGUCAAUCACACCCCAACCCUGCCCAUUCAAGGAACCUGUAUUCACGUUGAUUUUUUUUUUUGGUUAGGAAAUGUAUAGAAAAAAAAAUGUUUAGUUUUCAUAUGAAUGGACACUUUACUGAAAUGAAAAAGAAACUAAUCUAAAUAAAUUGAAUGCUAGGUGUGAAUUCAAAGUGCGUAACGUCAGUACCACUGAAUAUUAUUAUCAUUAUUAUUAUUAUUAUUGUUAAAAGCACUUAAAAGAAAUGAGUCUAAAUGGACUGUUGAGGUAACCGACAGUGACAGUGGUGGUACAGAUGGUUGUGCAAAGCUACAAACCAAGUCCACUUGGUCUAAAUUCUUUCCCCUUGUCUGUCCAAACUCUGUGUAAACUGUGAACAAUGGUGAGGCAAGUCAGAAUGGUAUUGACGUUACUACGUUGUAGUUUUAUAUUCUUAAAUGUAUCAGUACCACCAAUUUAUUUUCAAGUUUUUAUAUAAAUAUUGUUGUAGAAAAACACUGGCACGUAGCAACAACACACAUUUUUUUCUGUGAAUGGUUAUGCAGUUCC